AUGUCUGCGAGGGCAGACAACGAGUGUUUAUCUCGUGCUUAUGCUCAAGGCCUAUAGGAACGCGAAUGCAACCUGCAAGAUGAAUUAUCUUCAAGAACGCCCUUCACUCUUACUUCCUGGUGUAUGCACAGGUUCUUCUGCUCUUCUCACGUACGAACCACAAUGACCAAAUUUCCGAUUCACGUUCAGCUCCACAGCCGCUACAACGUCUUCGACGCAUCAGGGAAGCUACCAUUCAGUGUAGUGUUUGGUCUUUGCCGGGUACAAAAGUCUGACACAGACCCUCGAUCAAUGCUUAUUGACACGGUCGGUUCAGUCUUCGAUGUGCCAUACGCCAUAGCGCAUGGCCUGCUAACUCUGUAUGAAGAACGCCCCGGGGAAGCUACACAAUGGGUUGAAGUGGAUGUAAGCUCGCUUGGAGAGGUUGAUGCGAGCAAUCGAGGUUGCAUUUCAGUUCCGUCCCGGGUUCAUCGGACAAAGAGCUGGAGACAUGAUAUCACAGUAUACCGGUAUACACUUAAUCUCCAGAGCAUGUUAACAUUAGUACCGAAGCCGGGAAAGAGAUACAGAAUGAGGCUCGCAGGCCACGACCUUGGCGUCAAGAGAUGGGCAUACAGUGACCAAGAGAUAUUUACCGACGGGGACGGAGAUGGCGAGGAAGCGAGACUAGUCAACAGCUACUCUCACGGCCAUGCAGCUUUCAGGGUCAUCGACAACCUGAAGUUCCCACCGCGACUAAAGACGAGAAUACGUCUAGUCAAGAACACAUGCUUGGAAGUCACCGUCGUAAAUAGUGGCUCUGAAACUGUGACAGUACAAUCACGGGGCCACCAGAACUUUCUCGUCCCAUGGGGUCCUUUGGCUCCAGAGCCCGAUGCCCUUGACGAUCGCCGCAGAGUCAUUGAUCAGUCAAAGCGAAAUUACCCGCCUGUAUCAAGUGUCUUCAUCGUCAAUGCCGCGACUGGUGAAAUGAUGCACAGGCCCUGCGAUACCAGCGUCUGCCAAUUGCGGGAUUCGAAAGCCGACCUGCGAGCCAAGGUGGACGAGCUUGUGACUUUGAAACCUGGAAUACCUUUUAUGAAUGUAUUCGACAUUGGUUAUAAGAUGAAAGGCCUUGAAGACGGACGAUAUAAGAUUCGGAUGCAUCCAAAGGGUUGCCGAUGGUGGUGUGGUGAGCUGGAGAAGGAAGAGGGAGAAGGCGACAGGGUUCCCGCGCGUUUGUGGAAUGGGUUCACUGUUCCGAUUAUGCUGGCUUCAGAGGACGAGUUGGAAAUGACCAUCAAAGACGGAAAAGUAGAUGGAAGUGUAUGAGACAUGGUCGCUAGAUUCACUGGUGCUAAUGCACGCACGCUGACGUCAUGUUGGAUACGUCGCGUGGCACACGCGUGGCAGAAUAGUUGCUGUCCGCGCACGACAUUAAUUCGAACAACUCCACA